CCCGGGCCAUCCCCGACUUCCUAACCUUUUUUUCCAUCGUUUUCUCUAGAAAGAUGCCUUCCACGAAUGGGUCAAUAGCCUCUACUUCUCGCGCACCACAUUCCCGUCUGACGACCAUAUCUUCUCACGUCAGCAGUAAACCUUCGAAAGUCGUGGUGUGCAGAGACCUUGGACCGGAUGUAAUGCCCAUCCUGACCGAGAGGAAGGACCUUGAGGUUGUGCUAUGGCCAGAGGACCGAGCCUGUGAAAGGGAAUGGUUAUUGAAGAAUAUCAAGGGUGCAGCGGGAGUGCUGGUCAUGAUCACUGAUAUCGUGAAUGAAGAAUUCCUCGAAACCGCUGGCCCGAAUUUGAGGGUUGUCUCGACUAUGUCUGUUGGAUAUGAACAUGUCGAUCUAAAGCAAAUCGCCAAACGAGGACUGAGGUUGGGAUAUACACCUGCGGUAUUGACCGACGCAGUGGCAGAUAUAUCCAUUAUGCUUGCGCUUAUGGCUGGCCGUAACGUGAAUGAAACGAUGGCUAUCGUACGGGAAGGUCAGUGGCCAAAGUUUACCUGGUCUCCAUUCGCCAUGUGUGGUCCCCAAAUCAGCACAACAGCACAUUCCCCUUCCCGGACUAUCGGUUUCCUCGGUUUCGGUCGAAUAUCUCAAGCUACCCUUUCCCGUGCCGUAUCUUUCGGCGUCACAGAUUGCAUUUACCACUCCAAUCCAUCUUCACCUCCCAAGCUCGAAAGAGACCAGGCAAUUCUCAAGCAACAUCAACCUCAACUCAAAUCUCUCCGAUCUGUGGACCUUGAUACGUUGGCAAGGGAGAGUGACGUCGUGAUCGUGUUGGCGCCUGGAGGAGAGAAGACGAAACAUAUAAUUAACGAGGAGUUCUUGAGGAAGAUGAAGAAACAUGCUGUUUUGGUGAAUGCAGCGAGAGGGACGUUGGUGGAUUCGGACGCGUUGGCGAAGGCGUUGAGAGAGAAGUGGAUUUGGGGGGCAGGGUUGGAUGUGAUUGAGGGAGAGCCGAAUAUCUCUGCAGAUCAUCCAUUAUUGAAAGAACCUCGAUGCAACAUUGUCCCUCAUAUUGGUAGCGCUACGUUUGAGACUCGGCUUGGUAUGGCUACGUUGGCGGCAGACAAUGUCGUGGGAGGGAUUUUGGGAGACAAAAUGCCGGCAGAACUGGAUCUUAGUUCAUGAAUAUUGAAGACGUGGUGGUGCCUUUGCCUUGUGUACGCUAUCAUUAAGAGGAAUGUAAGACGUGAGAUUAAAAGACCGAUUUGUUGUAACAAAGUACGUGUAUCGUUGUGGCCGCGCUCGGUGUUCGACGUUGCGGACAACAUCGCUCGCCUGCACUGACA